GUCCCCUUUCUCAAUAGUAUUGCAUCGGUUAGGAAAAAUUGGCGAUUGAAAUUAUAUAAUGAUGUUUUUGUAUAUAGUAAAAUUGUUUGUCAUUUCAUGGAUUAUUCAAGGUGACGCGCAGGAAUCGAGAAUUGUAGGCGGUACAGAUGCCUCCGAAUCGUUGGCUCCAUACCAAGUGUCUUUAAGGAGAACCGACAGAUUAGACUAUCACUUCUGUGCAGGCUCUAUUAUAAGCGAAAAUUGGAUUCUCACCGCCGCACAUUGCAAAGAAGGCAAAGAAGCAGACCAGAUAACCGCAGUGGUAGGAACAAACAAACUUUCAUCGGGAGGAGAUCAUUAUGAGAUAAAUAAAAUUAUAAUUCACGAGAAUUUUGAAGCUGAGGUUCUCCAUAAUGAUAUAGCACUGUGUCAAAUAAAAGGCGAAUUUAACUUCAAUGAUAGGGUUCAACCGAUAAGGUUAGGUUCAAGAUCUUAUAUUAGACCUGGGUCGAGGUGUAUACUGACAGGAUGGGGAUUCACAGACAACCACUUUACAGUCCCGGACACUCUUCAAGUGUUAACUGUAACGGUAUUGAGUAAUAGGCGAUGCACAGAGAAACUGGCACCGACAAGAUAUUCUACGAUUAUUCAAAAAAACCAAAUGUGUACAUUGAAUAGAGAAUCAGAAGGCGCGUGUAAUGGUGACUCUGGCGGACCUCUAGUGAGGAAUGGAAAACAAGUGGGCAUAGUAUCCUGGGGGAUAGCGUGCGCUCGAGGCUUCCCAGACGUAUUUGUAUAUGUACCAGCAUACUACAACUGGAUCAAUGAGCAUAUACAAUAAAUGAAAUCAUAUUUCAAUACCAAAAUUUUUAAGCAUUUUCAUUAUUAAUGAAGCGGUUGUUGUGCAGUUAUAUUCUUAAUCGUUUAUUAAACAUACAUAUACCAAAAUGUAAUUAAAUAAUAUAAAACUACAUUAUAACA